AUGCCGGACGGGAGAGGCGCCACCCUGCUCGAGGACCUGCCCGAGGAGAUCAUCGACACCAUACUCACCCGUCUUCCGUCCAAGGACGUCGGCCGCUGCCGCGCUGUCAGCGCGUCGUGGCGCAGCGCCACCUCCACGCCCGAGUUCAUGCUCCGGCACCACCGCCGCCAGCCGUCGCUCCCCAUCAUCGAUGGCCGGGGGAUGGUCGUCGCCCUCGGCGCUGGCGUGCUCUGGCCCUUCCUCCCAGGCGCCAAGCACCGUGACAAGGUUCGCCUCAGAGGCGCCUGUGACGGCCUCCUCGCCGUUUCCUGGGGAUCCCGAUCCUACGUCUGCAACCCGGUCAUCCGCAAGCACGCUCUCCUGCCGCAGCCCCAAAUUCACCAAAACCAGAUAGGUUUUGCGCAAGACGUCGACAACGCCAUAAUCGGUUUCUACCACCACCAUCCAACUAGAGAACUCAGGGUGCUCUGGGUCUCACAACACUUGCAUAAAUACAGUUUAUAUAUCCUCACACUAGGAAGCGAUAGGCCGAGGCACGUCGAAGUCAGACUGCCAACAGCAUCGCCGUAUUCCAUGGAACAUAAGUUACUCGCCGUGUUGUUCUGUUCCAUCCAUUUUCCAGUAGUCGACCACGGCAACCUGCACUGGCAUCCCUAUUGCGCCACAUAUCUGACGGGCGUCGAUGAACAAAUUAUCGUAUUCGACACACAAGUUGAGUCAUUCCGGUGGAUGCCCUGCCCUCCCCGGAUGUCCUACAAUUUGAAGUUGUUCAACAUGAAGGGGAGGCUUGCUUUCUCAGGUAGCUCUCGUUACCCUGACACCGGUGUUGAUGUAUGGGUGAUGCAGGAUUACGACGCCGAAAUCUGGGCUUUCAAGUACAGGAUCGACCUAUCAGUGGUGGAUCAGGCGCCUUUCAAAAGGGAAAAGCAAAUACCACUUAAUUCAAGGGUGAAAUGGAUGCGCGGUAUCGCCAGUAUGGCUGCGCUUGACGAUGGUGAGCUUCUGGGCAUGUUUGAUGCAAGACAUGCGUUGCGCUGCGACAUUGAUGGGAGGUUCUUAGGACUGGUGAACGUUGGGACGGGUCAAUAUUGCAUGGAAUUUACUCAGCUUCGCCUCAAAGAGAGCAUUAUUCCAUUUCCGUACCAUGCGAUGCAAGGAGAAGACGGGGAGGAGGAGCCAUUCUCCAUAGAGCAUGUAUGA